UACCAAGAUUAAACAACAAGAAACUAAAGGCGAUGUCCAAACCAACAUCCCAAAAAAGAAUCAAGAAAGAAAGAAAGAACAACACCGAUAGCACAGCAGCACACUCAAGCUCGCUCUCCGAGUGAAGUGAAGUGGAGUGGAGUGAAGUAGUGAGAUGAGAGUGAUGGAGAUAACCGAAAAGCUAGAAAUUGCGCGACGUUUUUCUACGCAAAGCGAUCGGUCGCCGAGAGGAACAAGAUCAUCAUCACCUCCACUCCACUCCACUCCACUGCCACUUCGCCGAUGCCGCGAGCUUCCCGCCUUUUUUCUCUUUCUGCUGCCGCCGACCUUUUCUCCUGCUGGUGGUGGACAGAGUGGCAGUACAGGCGCAGCCGCCAUGGCGACCAAGAACAGAGGUGAUAGGGUGGUAGGGAUGAUGCUGCUCCUCCAGAUGAUGAUGUUCUUGCUGCUUGCCUGCACAUCUCAGUGUGAGGCGAGAGCUCUGAGGCGGAGCAGGAAGAACUCGCUGCUGAACGCGCUGUACAAGCUCAAUUUCAUCAGGACGGUGGAGCCGAUGCAGCUGCCGUCUGCUCCGCCUUCCAAGGCGCCGAGCAGAGACGGCGACGCGGCGAGCCUCGCCGCCGCCGAUGGCUCGAGCUCGCCGUACUGCGUCAACCCUCCGAACGCGCCGUCAGCCUCCUCGACACCGCCCUUCACCUCGACGCCGUCCACGCCGCUCCUCCCCCCGGACGACCAGCCCCCGCCGCUGCCCCCGAUCGGCGGCUCCGCGCCGCCGUCGUUCGAGCCGAGCCCACCGGCGGGGCCGUCCGCCCCCGGCUUCAGCCCGACCACGCCUGGGUCGGCCCCGCCGAGCCCGAUCUUCGUCGUUCCCAGCCCGCCCGAGGCCGGACCGGGGGGAGGCGGCAGCGGCGGCGAGGGUGGUAUCGGUGGCGGGAGCAGCGGCGGCGGCGGGGGCGGUGGAGGUGGCAGUGGUGGAGGCGGAGGUAGCACCGGUGGUGGUGUGGCGGGAGCAGCAGUGGUGGCGCAGGUGGCAUCGGCGGCGGCGGAGGCGAUGGACUACGCGUGCGGCUCCGGCGCGGAGUGCGGGUCGAUCCAGCCGAGCGGCGCGUGCUACCAGCCGGACACGGUGCUCGCCCACGCCUCCUUCGCCUUCAACAGCUACUGGCAGAUGACCAAGGCCGCCGGCGGCACCUGCGACUUCGGCGGCACCGCCACCAUCGUCACCCGAGACCCAAGUUAUGAGAAGUGUCAAUUUGACCUACUGUGA